UUCAUCUGUCUUUGAUCAGAGCGUUCAACUGACGUAGUACCGGAGAACAAGGAGCAAAAGAAGCAGGAACGAGACGGAGAGAAAAAGUCGUAAUGUAGCAGCAAGUGCCGUAAAACACCGGAGGAGACGACAUGUCCAAACUUCUGCAGCGUGUGAGCGACGGAGCUCGAAACUUCCGACAGGAAUUUCCACUCCGGCAGAAACAAGCUGAUGAGAACAGGCAGACGGAGAACCAGGCAGCGAUCCGGAUCCAGAGCUGGUUCCGAGCCUGUAAGGUGCAGGCCUACCUGAGACAUCUGCACCAGAACGCCAUCAUCAUCCAGAGGCUGUGGCGCGGCUUCACAGCCAGGGCACGUUUCAGACAAAUGGUGAAGGCGGCAUAUUUUAUCAUGAAGAUGAAUUUCUACGAGGCGAUGGCCAUCAGGAUCCAGCAGAGGUGGAGAGGUUUCUAUGUAAGGAAAUAUGUCCACAACUUCUACGCACGCCAGAGACACCUGCAGGUGGUUUCCAGGAAAAACAAACUCAUCAGGGCGGAGCUGAGUGAACUUGAAGAACUCCAGAGAAGACAGAGAGACUGCCUGGAGGUCAUAAAACAGCAGACGGCCAACGCCCACCGAGCCCACCGCCUGCACCACCUCCUCAGCACCAAGCAUCGUCCAGGGGUCUUCAACUCUCCUUUCAGGCAAGCCCCCCAUGAGACGGAGCUGCUGCUUAGGCAGGUCAAGUACCAGCCCCCCACCAGAGGAAGGACUGGUCUCGUGGCCAUUCCUGACCCAACAACACCGGUGUCCCCUGAGAGUCCCCGGUCCUCCUCCCCCUGGCCCACACUGCCCCCCAUUGUUAGCAGGAAGCAGCAGGUGGUGUUCAGACAACCUGGUGAAGUGUGGCAGCAGUGUGUGGACUGUCCUCACCUGACGUGUCUGCCGUCUUCGUACUCACACCUGGAGGAGGCCACCCGGCAGCUGCAGCUCCAUAGAUCUGUCAACCUCCACGGUGACAAACUGUUGGAACGAAACACAGUCAGACAGUGAACACCUCCUCUAACAGUCAACCAAGCCUACACCCCUGUGACCAUCAACACAACAGCGCCACAGUCUGGUGACUGGUGCUAACCACUGUCACCUGUUUUAUAUACUUUAAUAAAUGUGUUUUGGUUAUUUUUU